AUUGUACUUACCCCUAAGGGGGCAUUGGAGAGAUAGCCUAAAGAUAACAUUGAAGGGUGGGUGGGUGCUGUAGCCUAUGAUCCCUCAAGCUUCAAUGUUACAAUAGUAUAGGAGUAGCUUCUUAGCUACAUAUAUAUCUCUAACUUACUCCUGACUAGUCCGGUCAACCUGCAAGCAUCGUACGGCCAUGAUACCAUUCAAUGCAUCACGUCCGAUUAGAAAAUCAGCGAUGAACCCAAUGGUUCGCACGUCAUCCGCGUGAUGGUUGACGUUAUACUGCUUUGUAAUACUUUAUAAGUAUUUCUCCUCGAACUCAAGAUAUGUCGAUUCAGCUCGGGCUAUGAUAUAAAAAUGGCGAGAUUUGCUUGCUGCUUCGAUAUAUUUAAUGAAGAAUAUAUCGUAUUACCGGUGAUCUGAGCUUCUAAAAUGACGGUUGACGCCUCUGUUCGCCAGCUACGCGUGGCCAUUAUUGGCGGUGGGCCGGGUGGUCUUGCAACCGCAAUCGCCCUCUCCAAAAUCCCAAAUGUAUCAGCUACCAUUUAUGAGCAAGCAAAGGUGCUGCGGGAAGUAGGUGCGGGCAUAAGUAUCGGCUCAAAUACAUGGAAUGUAUUACAGUUACUGGGCGUGGCCGAUACAUUGACCAGCGGCCAUCCGACAUGGACAAUAGUAAACAUGAAUGGGCGUUCAGGGGAAGAGCUCAGUCGCCGUGAGAAGCCCGAAUUGCCUGUAGGGCGGGGUCCAAUUCGCGCUCAGCGAACCAAAUUGCAGUCGGCUCUCUUAUCCCACGUAAACCCAGAUACCAUACAGCUCUCUAGGAAAUUGCAUCGUAUGGUAGACAAGGGAAGCGAAGGUGUUGAAUUACAAUUCAAGGAUGGAACCGUCGUGGAGGCUGAUUUAGUGGUCGGCGCUGACGGCAUAAGAUCAGUCGUUAGAGAUACUGCUUGGCCAGAUUACGAAAUCAAGUUUACGGGAACCACAAUAUGGAGGGCACUGCUACCAUGGAACGACGUAAAAGACCUGGACCCUCGUUUCGGCAUUACCGGCUGGUGGCAUACGCCGACUACCCAUGUGUACUUCUCCCACGUUGGUGAAGGGCUGUGGGAGAUAGCUUCCCGGGCCUGGCAAGAUCCAGCAAUUCAUAGCGCAAACAAGAAAAGCUGGGGUGUUCCAGUGGAAAAUGCUCACGUAGAAGCACAUUUCACUGAGUACCUCCCCGAGAUCAGAGAAGCACUAGCGCGGGUGCCUCCUGGCGGCUGGCGUGAGUUUGCAGCGUUCGCCGGCCCCGAGCUCUCUCAACUUACAGCAUGGAAUAAUAAAGUUGUGCUUGUCGGUGACUCAUCUCAUGCACUAUCUGGUGCGUUUGGCUCAGGCGCAGGGUUUGCGAUGGAGGACGGCUGGAUAUUGGCACAGGCCCUCGCGUACUGGAAGAAUGACACGAGCAAGGCCUUGCCGUUAUUCGAUGCCAUUCGACUGCCAUAUUACUCACGGAUGUAUGCACAUCUUGCUUCGGAGGCCGAUAAGCGCACUGCGAAACUGAAGACACUGGGUAAUCCAUCGUUUGACGAACAAGUCAAGAACAAGAUUAUCACAGAUGGGGGAAAGGACAUGUCGUGGAUAUACCAGAAUAACAUAGAACUUGUUUGGAAGGAAUGGGCUGAACAGCUCGGAAGGACUUCAUGAAGCAUCUGAGUUAGACUCUAAACAUUAUUACUCCUAGACUACCUAGACUAUCUUCCAUCCAUCAAUAGAACGUUUGUUGUCACAGUCAGAAAAUAGCGCCACUGCAAUUACCUCUAACGAAGAUGACUCCAUGACUUUAACCUUAUUUGAAGCCAUUCCGAGUUUCUCCAGACUACCUAGUAUAUAGGUAU